AUGGGGGAAUGCCCGCACUGUGGGGAGAAGUCCUCAGACAUGUUCCACACAGUGUGGGCAUGUCAAAAAACCCCAAAUCUAACCCCCUUACCCAACCCUUCCCGGGAGGACUGGGAGGCAGCCCUGCUCGGCUGCUCUGACCUGACGGCUCAACGGGCCUUGGUCGAGCAGGCCCGGGCGGCGGCCGACGCCAAUGGGCUUCCGACACAAGUUCAGAGGAAGCUGCAGGGCCCAGCGCUUCCCGCAGACAUCCACCAGCGACAACUGCCUUCGUGGUGUCGGGCCCUGCAGCUGUUGCUGCGCCAAGUGGCCUUACACGUGCUGCGGCCUACCCCCCAGGUACCUCAGCCUACCACCCAGGUGGCGCAACCUACCACCACCCAGGUGCCGCGGCCUACCACCCAGGUGCCGCAGCCAACCGCGCAGGUGCCGCAGCCAACCCCGCAGGUGGCGCAGCCUAGCCCCCGGGUGCCGCAGCCUACCCCUCGAGAGCCACGGGCACCCCGUAGACAGCCCAGGCAGCAGGAACUCGAUGGUGCCGUGGUGACGGCUACUGCCGAAUACGUUCGCCAGGGCCAGUUAGCGGAAGCCAGAGCUCAAGAGGACGCCCGCUUCCGCCAACAACUGCUGGAGCAAAACCGGCAGCACCACGAGGCCCACAUGCAGAGCCUGCGGCAGCACCACGAGGCCCACAUGGAGAACCUGCGGCACCUUAGGGAGGAGGUGGCGGGAAUGCGGGAAGUGCAGUCGCAGCGCCUCGAAGUGCAGCGGCAGCGCCUCGAAGUGGCGCGUCGGUCGCGCGAGACCAACGAGCGCCUGCUUCAGCUGCUGCUGGCUGCACUGGAGCAUGGUGGCGGCCAAGCCCCUCCCCCCUCUCAGGCCCCACAUAAGUAA